AUGGAUGCCACGGGAUUGAGGCCAAGUUCUUCGGAAAUCGAAUUCGUUCCAAUGUGGACCGAUGGGGGAACCCAGGUGACCAAAGACGUUGCUGUGCCAAAUGACAUGGUGCAAUUGCAUGGUUGGCCACAAUUACGCCUGUCCGACCUCCACCCUCGACAGCGACCACAUUUGCAAUGA